GCCCCAAUCUACCCACAGAUCUGUGUUUACUAGGUCAAACUAGCCAUGUGGGUUCUUCAAUCCAUAACAAAGAGGGUGCGAUCCAUCCGUUUGUACGUGAUACAUCCACUCUGGGUAUUCUGAAAGUCAGGAAACGGCCCUGAGAAUCGAGGGCGACAUUGCGAAAUCUAUAUUUAUGGAAACUGGUCAUUCAACUUUUUUUGCGAGCGAUUGACUCAAUAGGAAAGGGAAUGUUGAGGGAUUAACUUAAAAGACAUACAGUGGAUUGAUGUUAUGACGUCGAUAAGAACUUUCCUCACUGAUAUCUUGAUAUCUGUGGGGGAUAUCAGUAUUGGAACCAAUUUUACUUAUGUAGCUUUUCUAGAAGAUUGUCCUACAGUUAUACCACAUCAAGAAUUCAGGCUCUCCUUGCUCCUCCCGGCGGCUAUUUGCACAUUGAUUUUGUCAUUUUUAACCCGACGAACGAAGCAAAAACUACAUCUGUUAAAUGGAAGACCGGGACUUAUAUUCCCAAUGGACAUUCUCAAGCGGUCUCAUAGAUUUUCCUAUGCUGCAGCAUUUGGAACCCUCGCCCGUCUCUGCUCCGAUAUAGUGUUUGAAGCUAAAUAUGCAUUCAACUAUGACGGUCCCACAUACUUUAAAGUGUUCAUUGCACUUGCAUCGAUGUUCAUAUACGGCCUUGGUUACUAUCCGUUGUUUGCUGGAAUCACCACAGAGAGUCCUAUAGGUUAUCUUAUUGCUACUCUGUUUGCCUGGGCCUUCACAGCGAAUUUCUUCGCCAACUCCUUCUGUGAACAAAAUAUGAACGUUUCCUAUUUGAUUUUAAUUGUCAAGUUGUUACCGGAAAUCGUCUGCUACCUCUAUCUUACCUUCAGUCUUCCGGCUAGAUUUAUCCUUUCUAUUGUUAAACCAAGGAAAAAGAACAAAUUUGCUGUUGACUUUGAAAGCAGCGAUGAUCUGUAUGAAUCAAUCAGAAAAUCAUACCAGGGCAAUCAUGUUAGAAAGUUGUUCACAAAACCAGAAUCCCCACCACCACCACCCGAAGGAAAAAAGGACAAAAUAAUUUUUCUUCUGAAAUCUCUGUCUCAGAAAAUAUUCUACAGACGUAAAAAAGGAUUUCGAUACUCAGCUAGAAUGGUUACAGUUGUCGCCGUAGGAUUUGUCUUACUCUACACAGUUUUUCUAGAUUUAUUUCUGGGUCUCUACCAAGUCUUCGAAUAUUUGGAAGAUGGAAUAAUCGCUCAGUUUGAUGUGAUAGGAUAUGAUGAGCAGCCAGGGGAAUCACCUGCUAUAACAGCGAUUCGAGAAGGACUAUACUUUGGUUAUUAUUUCGUAAUAUCUUUUGGAGGUUGCUUUCUGGCGUCUCUAACGGUUGCUUUUCUCAUCAACGCAGUCUUUCUGUUUCAUUAUUUGACAUCUUAUCGGAGGUGUUUAAUGAAUUUGUACAAAGGAAAACCUAAACAUCUUACACCUAGGAAUGAAAAAUCCAAUGCGAGUCUUAUGGUUGGGAGUGUACGAUAUGCUGGCUAUCAGGUGGGAUACAUAGGAUGGGGGUUUUUCAUCCAGUUUCUCGUGCUUUUGCUCGUAUCAAUAUCGAUAGCAACAGUAAUUACUUUAUGGGAAUUUCUUAAGGACUUCAUCAUAUCAACUAUCAUGAGACUUUGGCCUGUUUUACUGACGUCAUUGGUUUUAAACUUCGCCCAGCUUUUAUUAUCCAAGUUUGUUUUUCUACAAGAAAAUGGCAAUAUUUUAGCUAUGGAAAAUAGACGACUAUUCUUCAUUUUUACCUACUUCAUGUUCUUCUACAACGUUUUCAUUGGACUUAUUUCCUGUCUGAUGAGGAUCAUAAAGUCCAUUAUUCUAGGCGCCCUCUUCCUCCCACGCCUAGACCACAGCGUGCUGCCUAGAAAGUUUCAGCAAUUUGACCCAGGUUUUGAUGCAUACUGUGGUUUUAUGCAUAUUGAGAGUACACACACAAAUCCGGUUGCUAUGGUUUUCAUCAGUAUUUUGCAAGCGGAAUCGCUGACGGCUUUAAAAAGAAAGAAAAUGAAUGACAUCGAUGCCAUACCUUUCGACGAAAAACAGGAAAUGAUAGACAAAAAACGACGUAAGGCAAGGUGGAAGUGGUUACUUGCUUUCACUCUUGUAAACAAUCCAGAACUCUCGCUACAACGAAGACUGGUCCUUGCAAAGGAGCGCAACGAAAAUGUCAAGGAAAUUCUCUUUUCCACGUAUGCAAUACCCGUUGAUAGCGUUGAUAGCGGAGGUAUUGAAACUAAAUUUUAAAAGAAAAUAAUGGGCUUGUUAAUUUUUUCCCUUGUAUACAUGUAUACAUGUACGUACGUAUCUCAAAAACAGAAAUACAUUGAUCUGAUGAACAUUUAUCUUGAUACUUAGAUAUUCAAUUGUGUCUCAGGUACUCUUUGAAAGUAGUAACAGGGUAAACUACGUACUUGUAGAUUUCCUGCAAUUUAUUUAUGAAA